CUCAGCUGUGCCAAAAUGAACAGUCUCUAGUGUUAUGGAGGACCAGCCGUGUGGAAGGUGGCCGAAGCGACCAUGCCCGGGAAAAUGUUCCACUGACUGAAAGACGUUGUGUUUAACGGUCUGCGUAGAAUCCGUAAAAGAUCGUGACCGGGUCAUUCGUGCGUCAGACGAUGCAACAGACCAGAAUGCUUCAUUAGUUUGUGCAACAUCGCAAGCUUGGCAGUGACGCCCCGCGGAAGGUUCCAAGCCUUUGAACACCAGACUCAUGGUAAUCACGGACGACUUCGAGGUUGUCAGUUUUCGUGGCUUGGCGCGGGCCUUGUCCUCCGGAGUGUUCCCAAGCUCUCCCUCCGGAGAUCUACCCGUCGCUGUGGCUCCGCCCACCACCAUGGGCGUGGCGGUGUCAGGGUGUGUCAUACCGCUGUCCAUCACGCCCCCGACUUUAUCGCCUGCGCUCCCUGGUGCCGCCGUGGUGGUUCCGAUGGGCCCGCCCGCGCCCAUCGAGCCCCCGCCGCCGCUCAAGGAAGCUCCGAAGGCUCCCAGCAUCUCCGUCGCCAGCGCCGAGAAGGACGUCCCUCAAAGGUAUUGCCAGAGCGGGAGUGGCGCCUUCAGACACUGCUGGACACUGCCACGACUUGCCAGGGGGCUGGUGUCCUGUGCCACUUGCCCGGUCGCCGCAGGAUAGCUAUGUGGUCCGGCG